AUUACGAUUGGAGCAACACUAUUUCAGUGUCAGUUGAAAAUUUGACGCAUUCGCGGAAAGUCUAUGCCGCCGGUGGAAAAUAAAAUAAUAUAAUUGUUGAAAACAUGUGUUCUAAUCAUCUGUGACUGUGAAAUUGUUCUCACGUGAAUUUAUAACAGUUGUUCAGUUUAUAAACGUUGAUAAAAGUUAUUCAAGAUGAGGUUAGCGGGGGCAAUUUUCUCAAAUGUUACGAAAAUGUUGGACUUUUACUCGCAAUUCAAUCCUUCGCCGCUGUCUAUAAAACAGUUUAUAGAUUUUGGUUUAAAUGCGUGCGAAAGUAAAUCAUUUCUUUUUCUACGGAAGGAGUUGCCUGUUCGGUUGGCGAACAUAAUGAAAGAGAUAGCGUUACUCCCGGAGAACCUACUGCGGAUGCCAUCAGUCGGGCUGGUGAACCAGUGGUAUGAGAGGUCUUUUGAGGAGAUCAUACAGUUUGAACAGAUGGACCCGGAACCACCUAUUUUGAGCUCCUUCUGCGAACGCCUAGCCCACAUUCGCAACCGUCACGCUGACGUGGUACAAACCAUGGCACAAGGAGUCUUAGAGCUGAAGGAGUCACAUGAGGUGGAUCCCAGCACGGAGAACUCCAUCCAGUACUUCCUCGACCGGUUCUAUAUGAGCCGGAUAUCUAUCCGGAUGCUUAUUAAUCAGCACACACUUCUCUUCGGCGAUCAAAUAGGGCCCCGUCAGGCCUCAGUGACGGGCAUCGGCAAUGGUGGCCGUCACAUCGGGUCCAUUGACCCCGCGUGUGAUGUGGCAGCGGUCGUUAGAGAUGCAUACGAGAAUGCCAGGUUCCUGUGCGAUAGGUAUUAUCUGGCGUCGCCUGAAUUGCAGCUGCUGCAGGAAGGAGUGCCAUCAAAACAACCAAUCCCUAUAGUGUACGUGCCAUCUCACCUGUACCACAUGCUGUUCGAGCUGUUCAAGAACUCCAUGCGCGCUGUGAUGGAGACGCACGAGAGCAGCCCCCCUCCCAUCACUGUCAACAUCGUGCGGGGACAGGAAGAUGUCUCUGUUAAGCUAUCAGACCGCGGCGGUGGCAUCCCGCGCAGCGUCUCCGACCUGCUCUUCAAGUACAUGUACAGCACCGCGCCUCAGCCCUCCAAGUCUGAUGCUCACACCGUUCCUUUAGCUGGUUACGGGUACGGGCUGCCGAUCUCGCGGCUGUACGCGCGCUACUUCCACGGCGACCUCAUGCUGGUCUCCUGCGAGGGGUACGGCACCGACGCCAUCAUUUAUUUAAAAGCUUUAACAAACGAAGCGAACGAACUACUCCCAGUUUUCAACCGGACAUCAACGAAGUUCUACCGACCGGUACCCCAACUGGCUGACUGGUCGGGUUCCCUGAAUACCGCCAGUAACUCCCAGUGUAAGAACCGGGAGAAGGUAUCUCCCCUAUCUGCUCCCGUCUCUAACAGUCUAUAGUCUACGACCGAGGAGUGAAAUUGGCACUCCUGUUUUAAAAAUUCGAGCUUGGGUUUUUUUUGGCAGGGUUGGAUUACGACAGAAGAUUAAAAAAUGCCAUUUUUAUUUGCAAAAAUAUUUUUUUUUGCAAUAUACAGUGUAAAAGAUUGCUGUGUAUUUUUUAAGCUAUUGAACUUGAUAAAGCCGCUUUAGUUUAUGACUUAAAACAUAAUUUUGUUUGAAGCAAGUUGUCUUUACACAGUGUAAUAAACAACAAAAAGUGGUUUUGUUAUAAAUGGUAGAAAAAAGCGGGACUUUUUUGACAACACUGACAAAGACACAAAAACAUAGAGUAUGCUUGUUUUUUUUUGUCGUAAUCUAAAAUUGCUAAAAAUUACCCAAGUUUAAAUAAAAUACAAGCUAUAAUAAAUAUGUCAUCAUUCUUAAUGGCAGGAUAUUAUAGAAAUUAAGUAAUCCAGUGCUUUUUAACUCUGUAGAAAUAAUUUCGUUUUAUUGAAAGUCAACAAAUUAUUGGAUCGUGAAAAAGACGGUUUCUGGACUAAAUUAUGACGAAACUCCAAAGAUGAUAUAAUUUUCUUUGACUUAUUAACGAGGGCGUUUAAUUUAUAUCGACAAAUACAUUAACGUAUUUAAUUAAAUUUACUUAUUAAUCCAACAUUUAUUUAAUUAAAUAAAUACUUUGUUACGACUUGUUUACUUUAAAGAAUCACAGAAGCAGAAUUAUCUGUUUUCUUUCGCUAUAUUCCUUUCAAAACACCGACUUUGUUUUUGACUUAAAAACCAAAUAAAAUUAAUAAAAAGCACUAAAUCUGGCUAUAAUUGAAUAAAUUAUUGAAAAAUUGCCAUUAAAGAAAAGUGUACAAUUGUUUUCUAUAUUUAUUUUUGUGAUACUCGGCAUAAAGUUAGGUAUUGUUUUUGGGCUCGCAAAUGGACUGAUAUUAUGAGCUCUUAUGAUGUUCUACGAUUUUAUAAUAAUAAUAAAUUCUCUUAAUUUUUAAAGCGUAUUUAGCGUCUGCCGUUGACAGUUUUGGGAAGUCUGUUAAAAAUUCUAUCGCUUCUUGAUAAUUGACAGCUGUCAAAUGCACAUAAGGCGGGAAAGUAAGUUUCUUUUUUGACAAGAAUGGUUUCAAAAAGAGUUUUUUUUUACAAAAUCGUGGAACAUCAAAGUUCAGUAAUGAGAAAGAUAUUUAAAUCACUCUAUUAAUGUAUUAGAUUUAGAAAAGAUAUCAUAGAAUAGAAUUAGAUUAAGACAGUAUGACUGAGAGGGAGUUUGAUACUUUUAAUUAUAAAUAAGUAUCUUGUUUUUUGUAGACUUUAAAAACUUUUGCUGUUUUUAGUUUUUUUUGUAUAUAGUUUUCAAAAGGUUUGUUUGUGUUAAUGUAAAAUUGAUCAACAAUGUCAAAUUAAGUUGCGAAUUACUUUUUUAAAUUUCAUUAGAAUUUUGAUAUAUAUUUAUAAAUAAAAUAAUCAAUCUCGAUGUUUGCUAUGUAUGAGAUCUCGUACAACUUUUUGUAUGUCACUAUAAUUAAUACGAAUUAGACAAAUUAACGUAGUUAAAAAAAUUGUUUUGUGUCAAAUAUUAAAAUUAUUUCUUUCGAAAUAGAAAACUUAUAUUUAAUAAAAAUAAAUUAGUUAAAUAAAAACACGGUGGACCUAAGAGUAGUGGUGUAGUUAUGGGGAUGUAAAAUGUCGUGAGUUAAAAAACCGGGAACUAAUAUUAAGAUUGAAACAUCAUUAAAAGUAGCUAAUUUUAGUGUUGAUCAGUUCAUUAGGCAUGUUUAAUUUAAAUAAUUAUUUUCUAUAUCACAUCUGGUUUACGCUGUAACUCUAGCGAUCAAAUAAUGUCUAUCAAUAGCACUUUCAAGUACAAUUAUUAACAAAUGUUGUUUGUUGAAUGUUUUGCUGAACGAUUCAUGUGAUUAUAUUGAAAAGUAUAGCAAUAAAACAGACUACAUAAUAUAUACAAUAUUUUGACAUUAGAGAUAUAAGUCGCCUAUUUCCGAUUUCGAUUUUUAUCAAUUUUUACUACAAAGAAAAUCUUGUGUUUCAUGAUGUGUUGAAAUUCAAGUUAUUUUUCUUUAUUUUCAAAGUUAAUCUUGAAUGUAUAUAAUUGCACGAUGAUUCCUAAGCCUUUAAUAGGUUUUAAGCAUAAAAUAUACAUACACUUACUGUAGUAUAAAUAGAUGUACGAAAUGCUUUGUAGAUAAUAUUGUCUACAAUACAUUUUAAUUAUUAAAUAAAUAUCCACAAAACAAUCGCAAGGUGACUCUUGAUUACUAAAAUAGCUAUACAUACAAUUUUAGAAGCAAUAUAAUCUUAUGUCUCCCACAAAAUAUACUGGAAAACCAGCAAAUAUAUACACAAAAUACAAUAUAUAAAAAUAUUUUUGUAAGAAUAAUAUAAUAAGUAUGAUAUAUACGAAAACUUGAUGCAACUGAUUUUUUUUGUUGAUUUUUGUAAAUUAUAAUUAAUUAUGCAAAUAUUUUUGAAAACUAUGCCUAAUUAUUACAUCUACACAUUUAGUACCUGGCGGUAUUGUAAAAAUAUAUUAUUACUCAUUUGCAUUUUACUCUUUCUUAUACAUAUAAGUUUUAUUCCAAAAUCGAUAUUGUGUAAUUUAAAUAAUAUACCUAGUGAUUAAAUAAUUUAGAGAUGAAAUUUAGUGAAGAAAAAAAUAUUUAAUUUUUACUAAAAUAAACUUUUAUCAAAUAGUAA